AUGCCCGAGUUGCAAAACUUAGCUGUUCACGAUCGAAGGCCACUUUCAUUACUGUCGAGGGCUAAUCCGGAUGACCGUGCCAGCGAUUUCAACAUUUCCGUUAGAGGUUCCCUCACGCGUUACCACAUCUUCGAAGUCAAGGAUGCCGUUGCGACCCACGUAGAAAAAUACAACUUUCUAAGCACCUUGGAGCUUGACGCAAUAGAAAGCACGGCUUACAUGGUAGAGGAUCACCUUAUAAACAUCGUCGCCAAGGUCCACGACACUGAAAAGGUGAUGUCGUACUGCAAGAUGUUGUUGCCUAUACAAGAGGCAAAUCAAAGAGUCACUCGAACAGCACAAACUGAUGAAGAAAACAUCGAAACGUUUCUACAAAGAUGCCGCGUACCUUUGGGCCCUAUUAUCAGAGGAGACUGGAGAGUCGAGACCCGUAUCUUGUAUUCGAGUCACGCGCAAUCAUCACGGACUAGAAUGCUAUUGUAUGGACCGCAAAGUUCGGUUACUUUGUCUUUAUAUUAUUAUUGA